AUGAGUGAUGAGUCCCUCCACGAGAGGAUGAAUAAAGAUGAGUGGUUUGCCAUCAGAGCUGAGAAUGAUGACGAAGGAGGAGGGGGAGGUGGUGGUGGUGCUUUGUUCUUGGGACAGAAUUUGGGGUCAGGCGGGUUUUGUGGGCGUCGGGUUGAGGAUGAGGAAGACCUGAAAAGUUUAGGUGUCCCUGAAUGCUGCUGUGGAGCCCAGGAGGAGGAGGAGGCGGUGGUCGUGUUAUUGAGCGGCCCGGCGGUGGAAGUUUCGCUGCAGGGGUGGGACUUUGCUUCUGCAGUCGGAAAGCCUCCGGAUGCGCUGAGACGAGAGGAGUGUGAACGCCGUCACCCUGCCCUCCUCCACCCCCGGGACACACAGAGCGGACCGGCACCGGUGUCAUUGGAUGGAGAGAGGCGCCUGAAGAAGGGAGAGCGGUGGAGUUGGUCUACCCUCCUCCUCCUCUUCCUCCUCCUCCUCCUUCUUCCCUACUGCACCAAAAGAAAACUCCGGGCUGGCUGCAGCACCAUGUCCUCGGCUCAAAGUGGGGAUAUAUCAGGCUACCAUCUGAGCGUGGUGCGUAACCCGCCCGGCUGGGAGGUGGGGAUCUACCUGGUGGGCUUCUUCGUGCUGCUGGGCGUGGCCGGGCUCAACAUCUGGAAGCUGUGGAAAUCCGGAACCUUCCCCGCACCGUCCCCUUUCCCCAACUUUGACUAUCGAUACCUGCAAGAAAAAUAUGGAACCUCCUUUUCAGAAGUCAGACAAAAGCGAGUGGCUGCCAACAACCACCGGCGAGCCUCCGUCACCUCCAGCCGCAAACCCAGCCUGGCCCUCGGCGACACCCCGGACGGUUUCAGGGACCUGGGCCACCUGGAGCUGAUGAGCAGGGAGCUGGACCCGAACGGCAUGGCCCAGCUUAACCGAUCCAUCUCCACCGACUCGCUCAGCUCCAUCUCCUCCAUCGCCAACAACUUCGGCCACGACUUCACGGUCGGCCAGCUGGAGGUGACGCUCGAGUUCGAGCCGUCCAGGCAUCCGGGCCAGGGGACAGGAAUGCUCCACAUCACGCUGCACCAGGGCAAAGACCUGCUGGAGAGGGAGGAGGGUGACUUCCCCGGCUGCUUCAUCAGAGUCUCCCUGGGGCCAGAGGAGCUCAACGUGGGAGUCACAAGGGUCCAGACGAAUGCAUUCACUGUGAUUUUUGAUGAGCGCUACUCCAUCCCCAUGGACUUGUCCACGCUGGAGGAGUACAGCCUGCGUUUCGCCGCUUUUGGUAUCGAUGCUGAUGAGAGAAACAUCAGCGCCGGGGUGGCAGAUCUCAAGCUGUCAGACCUGGACCUGACCAUCAGACCGUUCAACGCCUGGCUCUACCUUCAAGACGUCAAUAAGGCUGUGGAUGCAGUUGGGGAGAUCCUGUUGUCUCUCAGCUAUUUGCCGACAGCAGAGCGCCUCACAGUGGUUGUGGCCAAAUGCAAGAACCUGGUUUGGACCAACGGCAAGAACACUGCAGAUCCGUUUGUCAAAGUGUAUCUGCUGCAAGACGGCAGGAAGAUCAGCAAGAAGAAGACUUCCACCAAAAGGGACGACACGAACCCCAUCUUCAACGAAGCCAUGAUCUUCUCUGUGCCGUCCAUCGUCCUGCAGGAGCUCUCCCUGAGGGUGACAGUGGCAGAGACCACAGACGACGGCCGGGGCGAGAACCUGGGUCACGUGAUCAUUGGGCCGGAGGCCAGCGGGAUGGGGAUCACCCACUGGAACCAGAUGCUGGCCACUCUGAGAAAGCCUGUGUCCAUGUGGCACCCUCUGCGCAGGAUCUAGCCCUCUUUGCCCUCAUACAUGCAUACCCGACCUGUUUCAAGUAAAACACUCUCUUCCUCACGUUCCUUUCUCCUCUCCAUGUAUUUGGUGCCAAUUUGUUAGACUGUUUAAGUAAGAUAAGAGUUUUUGGCCCACAGAUGGAUGGUGUGGUUUGUGUCGCUCUGCUGGUGAGUAACAAAUUGGAGUAAACACCUUAUAUUCAUGUAAGGGGGAGGAAUCUGAAAAGCCAGUGUUUGACCCCAAACAGGGUGUUUCAUUGAUCCCUGGAUCAAUUAUACUGAUAAAUAUCCUGUCUUUAGUUCGUGGCUUCAUUCUGGCUCGGGUGCAUUAUGCGUGAGGGUGGCAUUCAGGAAGGAGCCGUGCAUAUUGUGGCAGCCCUGAGGGCUCAACUCACUGCAGCCUAAAGAAAAUGCAUGCAAUCAAGAAAGCAAAGUAUGAAAACAUGUGUAUAGAAAUGUGCAAAUACAAAAAAAAAAAAAAGCUAAAUUCUGUGUUUCUUAUGUGGGACAACACGUGUGUCUCAGUUGGUGCAUUAGUUUUUAGUGUCCCCUGGAAACAAUUUCUGUUGUUGUCUGUGUUCCUUGCAACAUUUCUGCAUUUGGCUAUGUUUUCUCACUUUGCAGCAUUUCGUCUAAAUUGCUUUCCUAAUUUGCUUGUGUUUUGUCUAUUUGCAUGUGUUUUCUUAAACUGCAGUGUGUUGAGCUCCUAGGGCCACCAUAGCAUAGGCCAAAUUACCCAAAUCACACACUGAAAGAAACUGAUGAAGUGGCCCCUUGGCUGAAUCCAGGCUGAAUCUCGAUUCUCCACCACCACAACAACAAAGGAGACAUGUUACCCCCCGAAAAGUCUUGAACAGAAGCUUCAGUUUGCACUUUCAGGUGAGUUUGAGUCAAAAGGAGCCCAACCUCAGCGGGCGUGACCCCCUCUCUGCAUGGUACCUACUCUGGUUAUAGCCUGUUUUUUUUAGCUGUCUGGAGAAAGACUGGCUGGACGGAGGGGUGAAACCACUUCUCUUUCAGGAAAACACUCAUUUGUCUUCUCAGACCAGUCAUCGAUUGCGCCUACUUGAUUGAUUUCGUAGCGGUUUUAGAGUCAAGUUAGCUUAACUGGAUUUGUUAACAGUGAGAUUGACAAAUAAUAGAGGUUUUGGUAUGUUCAGUAUUUAUUGUGCUUUUGGAAAAAAAAAAAUCCAGGUACUCUUAUCCAGGUGAAAUAAUUGUAAUUUGUAGCAGUUGUUACAGGGUGGCCAAAUCAGAUGUAAUUAACAUACAAAUAUCAUAUUACAUUGUUCUAUUUUUACCAUGAUUAAUGCAAUACCAGUUGCAUAAACAUAUUUACCAGUGUGUAUAGUAUACUGCAACAUUCUUCUCAUUUCCAUUUUUUUCCUCUAAAUUAUGGGUGCAAAUUAUGUUUUUCGAAGUAUUACACUUGAAUAAACAUCAAACUCAAAGGUCAUUUAUACAUCAUUAUAUAUAACACCAAUGGGGUGGCUGUGGCUCAGGUGGUAGAGCGGGUCGCCUACUGAUCACAGGGUUGAUCUCCAUCUCCACUUGUCCACGUGCCGAAGUGUCCUUGGGCAAGACACUGGACCCCGGGUUGCUCUCCAGCCGCUGGGGAUGCACAAGCCAGUGCACUCCUGAUAGCUUGAUCCCAAGCCUGGAUAAAUGUGGAGGGUUUGCAUCCGGCAUAAAAAGCCUAUGCCAAAUUAAAUAUGCGGAUCAUCAGAGCUCCACGCCGGGUUGAGGCGGGACCCCGUUUUGAUAGGAAGAUGAAAACAGAUGAUCCACUGUGGCAAGCCCUAAGGGAGCAGAAGAAAGAAGAAAAAGAAGAUAUUUAACGCCAAUAUCGUUGCUGAUCAAUGAAUUAUUAUCAAAACACCUCUGGGAAUUUAACUUGUGAUGUAAAGUAUACUAACCCCUUUAAAUGGGUUUACAGUUCCUUUUAUGUUAAAGGAAACACCUUGAUAUUCUGAAUUAAUCUGUAGUUUCUCACCAGGCACUUGUCACACUCCUUUGCAGGUAUCUUAAUGACAAAAGCUCAAACUUCUCGUUAGCAAAGGUGAAACCAAUAGUAGCCACGUUGCAGCUUGAAGCCUGAACGGUAAUAUUGCUAAAAAGCUUUUCGGUUAAGGUGAAGAUGAUGUGACACGGGUCUCGUAAAAGUCAGAAUGUCAAGGUGGCUUUUUAUCUGUCUGAGAUAUUCUCUACAACAUUGUGCAAUAGUGCUGUUUUGUUGUAACUUUUGAAUGUGAAUUAUCAUGUGAAAUACCUGCUAAAAGCAUCAUCUGCCUUAUGCAUUGUGACUUUUGUUGCUGUCAAGCAGAACAUGCAGGACAUUUUUUGUUCAAGUUCUGACCGCAUUCCUCACCUCACUUUGAGAAUCAGUCCAAAAAUAACACACCUGUGGUCAUAUAGUACACAAUAUUUCCUACUGUGCCAAAUAAUGAAGCAAUAUUUUCAUUUACAGUCAGCAUUUGCAUUCGAUUCAACAAAGCUGUAGCCUACAUUUGACCAUGCAUGAAGUUAUUUAGCACUUGAUGUGAAUGUGCCUCAAGAAUACAGUGUAUUGUGUGAAUGCUGUUUGA